CGCCGGGGGCGGGGCCGCUCUGCGCUUCCGGCGGCGGUGGCGGCCAUGGCGGUGGCGGCGCUGCGGCUGCUGGGCCCGGCGGCACGGCGGGCGGCGGGAGGGGUGCCAUGCCGGGCUCACCGCCUCACCCCGGCGGACGACGAGCUCUACCAGCGGACGCGGGUGACGGUGCUGGAGCCCGAGUCCCCCAACACCAUGUUCAUCGAGGGCUACACCAGCCGCGGCUUCACCAUCAGCGGGGACCUGGUGGUGGGGCCCUGCGCCGUCCUGCCCCGCGCCAUCCUCCAGUGGAACGUUGGCUCCUACAGGGACAUCUCACAUGAGAGUCUGUCGCUAUUCCGGCUGCUGGAGCCCCAAAUAGAGAUCCUGGUGCUGGGCACAGGAGACAGGGUGGAGCGGCUCCACCCCGCCAUGCUGAAGCAGAUGCGGGAGUGCGGGAUCGCUGUGGAGGUGCAGGACACGCCAAACGCAUGUGCAACCUUCAACUUCCUAACAAGUGAAAAGCGCGUGGCAGCUGCUGGGCUCAUCCCUCCACGGGGCACCUACAUGGGGAUGUAGGUGCUGCCCACCGCGGCUGUGGGCUGAGCGGCUCUUCCCUGGCCCGCCUGAAGCCCCCGAGUGUCACCGUUCCUGGUGGAUAAACGCUUUGGACUCAAUGGAGACCAGCUGUGGCUGGGUGGUGGUUCUGCGCACAGGAGGGUGCUGUGAAAUGCCCGGGCUUGGCUCUGCCCCAAAAUCCCUGGUUUCUCAGCCUCCUUGCCCGGUCUGGCUGGUGGCUGCAGGGCAUGGCACGAGGCAUGAGCGUUGCUGGCAGCAUGGCAGCCGCAGCCCUGCCGAGGUGGAGGUGCAGAGGUGGUGCCUUGGCAGCAGGAAGACGUCGCCCCGAGGCAGGGCAGAGGCGCUGAGGUGAGCCGCACACCGCCAGGCACGUCUGGGGCUCCGCAAGGAAAAUACAUGUAAAUUGGAAGUACAAAGCAAUUGCGUGGCGGUUAAUGCGCAGCAGAGCCAGGCUGUAAUGCAGCCGUGGGGUGUGUGCUCGCCCCCCUGGCGGAGCUGGCCAGGCAGGGGGGCUGUGGGUCGGCCACCACAUCUCCCUGGGCAGUGUGUGUGGUGCCAGGGGUGCCACCUGCCAGCAGCUCCCUGGGCACAGCCAGCACCCGCAGCCGGUGUGUCCCAGCUGGGGCUGGUGGGCCUCAGGAUCUCCUGCAGGGUUUUGUGCCCCCCCAGUGUCCCUUGUGAAGCCUCGAGCUGUGGCGAGUCCCAGGGUGCUGCACCCCAUCUCCCUGCAGGCUCAGAGCUCAAGCAGAGGGCACGGAGAAGGUCACUGUCCUGCGUCCCCCCCAACCUUGCACUGGCGGAUGGUCGUGGGGGCCACCCCUGGGGCUGGGGGCACAUGUACUUAAUCGCCGCCUCGUGCCCCAAACCCUGCCACCUCCGCGGGCCCAAGGAGGGGGUACAUGGCUGCAGUCAGGCCGUGGGCUAGCUUUGCUUAGUGAGCCAGCUGUGUCAGUGAAUGUUUGACACUGAUACAAUUAUGUUGUAAUUCAAGGCUCUGGCUUUAGCAUGUGUAAAUCUAAUUUGCCAUUGCCAUGC